AAUGAAGAUCUCAAGCAGACAUUAGAAACUUUAAAAUAAAAUGAUAUUCAAAAUAGUGUAUAUGGUCAAUUAAAAGAGUAUGACUAAGAAGUUUAAAAGCCAAAACCUAAGCUAAUUGAUUUAAAACACAUUAAUAGAGAUUCAAAUUUUUAAGAAGAAUUCCUAUCUAAAGUAAAUGAAUUUAGUCUAUCCUGGCGACAAGAAGUACAAUAGCUUAAAUAAUUAUGAAAAUAUUAGAUAUCUAAUUAUAUUAACAAUAUCUAGAUUUUAAUUAUAUUGUAAAUUGCUUGAAAUUUAUAAACUAAGUAUCUGUUCUCUUUAAUAUUAGAAUAUUUGA